CCCGUAGCGAAGGAGAAUCGAGAAUCAUAACUCACACAUAAAGUGCAAAAGUGGGAGGGACGGAGAGACAAAUCUGUUAGUGGCGCAUUGGUCCCUGCAAUUAAUCAAACACGUUUUUUUUAAAAAUAAAACAGCAAUCGCUGGCAAAUUUUCUUGAGAAAAUACAAUUCAGGACGAGCAGUUCUCUAAGUACUCCCAGUAUGGCUGAUUAUAUCGAUCAGAAUAGUUUACCUGGAGUUAAAGAAGUAUGCCGGGACUUUGCCUUGUUGGAGGAUCACUCGCUGGCGCAGAGUCUCCAGGACCAGGAGAUCGAGAGCCACUUGGCUUCCAACGUGCACAGGAGCCGGCUGAUGCAGCAGGACCUGCGGGUUGCCAGGCACCUGCAGGAGGAGGAGAAUCUGCGAGCCAGCAUUCGAAGGCGGCAGGACCACAGGGCCAUAGAGUGUCGUGACAAUGAAAUGGCCAAGGAGAUUCAGGAGGAUCUGGUGAAGCAGGCCUGGCAGCUGCGGCACCUGGAAGAGAAGGACGAGGCCUUUGCUCGCAAGCUCCAGGAAAAGGAGAUGAAGGAGCAACGGAGGAGGAAGAAGCAGAAGGAGCCUAUCAUUGAGGAGGAGUUCUACGAGGACCAAGCUAGCUGGGAUAGGCAUGGAUCCAGCCGGUUCAGGUCCACAAGGCAGCAGCCAUCUCUGGAUGCUGAGGCGGUACGGAAGGAGAAACCGUCGCGGCCUCCGCCACCGCAGUGGGACAGGGGCAAGGAAGCGGGCAGGGUGGCCCACCUUGGAGACUGGGACAGGAGCCCGACUAAAGAAUUAGCACCUAAUAAAUACCCCUUGAUGGAUGAAGAAGGAGCAGCUCCUAGCCGAGCGUAUGACGAAUGGGAGGGGCCUUCUGUCAGCCACAGCAGACAAACCCAAAGACAGAUGUCCAAGUACCACCAAUCAAAUCCAGUACAGGGGGGAAGAGAAGACCCCUGGGAGCCCCAGCAGGAGCUUGCCCUGUCUGAUCCUACCUCUCCAGAGGGCAGGUUCCCAAACCUUCCCCCUAGAGAUCCAGACAGUAAUGAGCAAGCACAUUAUAACAUCAUGGAGGUGACCCAGGGCUUGGAUGACCUUGAUGUUCAAGAGGUGCGAGACAUGGAGGUGGCCAGAAGGAUACAGGAAGAGGAACUGAUGGUGAAGGCAAGUCGGGCUGAUAAACAGGCAGCUCAGGUGGCACAAGAUGAGGAAAUCGCUUGGUUAAUAAUGGAGGAAGAAAAGCAGAAAUACAAGAAAUGCAAGAAUCGGGAUAAAAGACUCUCAAAGAAAGACAGGAAGCUGCAACAGGAGGAUUGGAUGCCAUUGGUGCAGGAAGAAUCUGAACACCGGAAAUCACAGAAACAGAGGCCUGAGAGACCACCUGCUCCUGUACUCAACUGCGAGUACAUGGAGUCUAUCUCCUCCUACCCCAGGCCCACAUACUCCUCCCAGGCGCCCGCCAGACCUCCAACUCGAUCGUCAUUUAAAGGUCUCUUUAAGAGGCAGUGACCCUGGAUAACUGCGGUUAUUUUUUCUUUUUCUCUCUUUUUUUUUUAAUGAGUUGGUGGCAUGUUCAUUUUUUUUUAUUAUUUUAUUUAUUUGUUGCCCUUUGUCAAAUGACAGUGGACCUCCCCCAAGAAGCUCUGAUUUCCAAAGACCUCAGAUGAUGGCAGUGUGAUGGAUUCCGACGGCAUCAGAAGGCAACGGCAGCUCAGAUUCUGGGGAUGAAGCACUUUUUGGUGCUGGUCUGCGGUAAAACGCCUGCAUGCCUGAGUACAGCUUUAUGGGUGAAUUUUUUUUAUUUUAAUUUUUUUCCUUCUUCCACCCUUGGCCUCCAUUUGAGGAAGUACAGCACAGCGGGCCUCGCUGUCAUUAAGUUCCUCAGGACUGUUUGGCCGCUUUCCCCACCCCAAAGAACAAUACAAUAAACAUGUUUGUACAUGUGUGAACAUGCUGUGGUACUUCGGUUGACAACGUGGACUUAUGGUUACAGAGAAUCUGAAGAUCUCCUCUUACGAUGUCCCCGAUAGUCACCAGAUAUAACACAGUAUUCUGGGAAAGGCCUGUCAGUACUGCGACAUGUGUUUUCAUGUGACCUUUGACAAGACAUCCCAGAAUAUUAGUGUCUGGAAUGUAUUCCGGCUGUAAAAAAUGUGAAUGUGUAUCUCUCAUACCUUUAUACCUACAAAGGGAUCAGGGUCUCAGUCUUUUGUAUAGUUUUUUUUUUCCCGUGAUGGUCAAAUUUACUGUGUAUUUAAAAUAUUUCUGACUGUGCAGUUGCUGCAGUGCCUUUUUAUAACCUACCGUACAUCCAUUACUUGGGACUGUUUAUAGUGAUCAAGUUUAAGCAAGUGUAUGGGACCAAGUACAGACGCUCUCUCAGAUUAAACUGCUUUUCAACUUUU